AUGCAGAACACGCAGAAAACAAAUGGUAUCACGAAAACUGUCCAUACAGACAUUUAUGACCGACAAGAAAGUGUCGAGGUUGAGGAAACGGAAUUAGUUGAAGAAAGCACGGUUGGGCAAGUGAUUGUUGGCGAUGAUCAUGAAUACUAUCUAAUCCUGAAUUUAAAUGGACCUGAUGUUGAUGUCGAAAAAGUGGACAACGUUCAGAUCUUAAGAAACGAUGAUGGUACGGAGACAGUACUGCUAGAAAUAGAUGAACUUAAUGAAUCAGAACUUCCAUCUGACCACUACAGAAAACAAAAUGAUUAUCAUGGUGUGGAGGUCGUGGAUAUUGAUAAACAUGGUAAAAUUAUGCAGCAGUUGUUCGGCAACCCAGCUGGCAGUGAUCCAUAUCAGUUGGGAAGAUAUAGAAGAAAUCGUGUGUACGGUACUUAUUCAUGCCCGGAAUGCGAUCAAACUUUUAUCAAUACUGCUAGGCUGGAAAGACAUUUAGCAGUUCAUCAGAUCUCUGGUUCAUUUCAAUGUCCACUAUGUCAGAAAGUUUACAAAUAUGAGUAUAAUUUGUUUUAUCACUGGCGUCGGACAUGUCAUGAACUCAGCGAACUAAUACCGGCUGAAAGAAGAAAGACAAUGGAUGUUAACGUUUUACGAUCCAUGGUAUUAAAAUUUGCAAGAAAAAAGGCUGAUGAAGCCCCACCACCUGUGAUGAAAAUAGGUAUUAAUCCAAACCUGCUCUUUAAAUCAGACACAUUUGGUCUCAUCGAUAUGCAAGCUCCUCUAAGUACUCAAAGUGUAUAUUCUGGUGUUCCAUGCAAACAGUGUGGUGUGAAAAUAUCCAACUCUGUGAUUCAAUGGCAUGUUGCUAUGCAUCGCGGUAUUAUUCCCGUGGAUGCACGGAGCGGCAGCGGUGAACAUUUUUGUAGCCUCUGCGGACAAAUGUUUCGUCAACAUUACAGUUUAAUUAAACACUGGCGAAGUAGUUGCACAGAGAUACAGGCACGCCUUUCGAAUGCUCGAGAUAUAUCUAUGGAUGACGAGACACUGAAGGAUAUGGUAACGGAUAUAAUGCGCGAAUUAGGAGAAGAAUAUUCUCAACGAUUUGGUGGCAUUUCACACGAUGAUGAUGGCGAAGGAGUAUCAGCUCAGGAUUUGUUUCUUUCUGCAGAUAAGGACAAGGACUUAUCGGUCGUUGAUUAUCAACAGGAUGCACUUACUAAUCGUUACUCAUCUCAUGAAAUGUUAACGCAUUUAGAAGCUGGUGAUGAAGCGGAGAUAAUUAACCAUGAUGAACAUGGUGUUCCAUGGAGUUAUUUAGAUCAGACUGCUGGAGAUGCUGCAAGUACUAGUGAGCCAAAUCCAGUGCGUACAAAAUGGUCUUCCACUCAUGGCAUGGUGCAGUGUUCGGUAUGCUCCCGCACUUUCGUUAAUAUGGCAAGAUUAGAGAGACAUAUUGCGGGUUUUCAUGCCACUACUGGAUCACAUCCAUGUGUGCUUUGUGGUAAUCGUUUCAAAUACGACUAUAAUCUUCUUUCACAUUAUCGUCGUUCUUGUCCAUAUACGAAGUUAUACAUUGAUUUAGAAAAAAGGGAGCAGUUUGAUGCUCUUGCAUUGCGUCGUGCGGUACGAGCACUGGCACAAAGAAAUUUACAGUUAUCAUCUGCGCAGAAAAAAAUGAUUGCUAAUAAGCGGGAAAUUCCGGAUAACUCACCUGCAUCUUUUCCUCAUUUUCGUACAAGGCCACCGUUUGAACUAUUGGUUAUGCGGCCGGAUUUACCGAAUGGAAAAUCAUGUCCUGUUUGUGGAGUGGUAUUUUACGGUGAACGCGCUGUUGAGCGUCACGUAAAAGCCGUUCAUCCUUCAGAAGUACGUCAUCAUAUUCAAAAUGAUACAGCUACAAAGAAAGAUACAGAAACAGCUACAUCUACAAAACAACGCUGUACAGAAACCCGAGAGAAAUCGGGGAGUACAUUGAAGCAGGCAGAUGAUAGUGAUAACGUUGAGCCUCCUCCGACACUUGCACCCGAAGUACCUGUUCAAGAGCCAGUAGUUACAUCAGAACCUAUCAUUCGUCGUGUUUGUCGUAUUGAAGAGGAUGCUGAUGGAAAUCAGAUAUUCAUCGAUGAAAACGGGGAAGUUAUCGAAUUAGGAGAAGAUGAGGAGGUGCAAAUUCAAUUUGAUGAUAUCGAAAGCGUUCAGCAUCUUUUUGAAACUGGUCAACUUACUAUAGCGAAUGAUGAGCAAGCAAUUAUUUUGGAAGGAAAUUUAAAUGAUUCGAAAUAUUGCUAUAAUGUAAGUUACGGUGACAGUAACAGUUCGAUUUUACCGACUAGUGGUACACGUUUUGUGGAAGGUGAAAAAGUAGCUGAUGAGCGCAGCAAACGAGCACGAAAACAAGAGUUUGAAGGAAAUCAACAACAUUAUGGGUGUUAUUUUGUGAUCCAUAAAGAAUGUGAAACAGAUAUGAAGAGAAGGCUUUGGAAAAGAACAUAUGCAUUACAUUGA